UCAAAACUUGAAAAUUAUCUAUUAAUUAUUUUUUAUAUUUAUAGCAUGAUUGUUAAUUUGUUUAUUUCUUUUAUCAUUUUAACAUAUGUAAUGUAUUAAAAAGAUACUAAAAUUUAUAUUUGCAACCUUAAAAAUGUAUUGUUUUUAUUUUGCAUUUUUCAGACAUGUUUUUAAAAUAGGAAUUUCUAUUCCUAUUUCAUUCCAUCCUUCCUAUAUUGUUCAUGUUUUGAAAUUUUAGUAAUUUUACUGAGACGUAAAUGUGAUAUUUUUUUACUCUCAAAAUUUCUAGUAUAAUCCAUUUUUAUCUGGUCAUGAUUUUCCGUUUUACUUUUUCCUAUUUUUUCAUAUUCUUGUUUAAUGUAGUUUCUAGUGUGUUAUGUAGCCGUACUUUUUAUUCCUCUUUCUUCAUUUUUUCAGUUUUUUUUUUGUUUUUGCUAUUUUGUGUUCUCGUAUUAAGCUCACAUUUUGUUAUUGCAAUAAGUAUUUGUUUCAUCAAAUUAUUUUUAGAAUUUUUAAUGUUUUUUUUUCUAUUGUCUUGGUUUUAUUCUUCUACUUUUUUGUUGUGGACAGAUCUUUUUUAUCAUCAUUUAUUUUUCUUUUUUUUUUGGUCUAAUGUGGUUGGAAAAAUAUUAUUAUUAGAUAUGGCCCAAAUAAAUUAAGAAGAAAAAAAUGUGAGUUGCUUGUGAGAGAUGUCAAGAGAUCCCGUUCUCCUCCUGUGUAUAUAUAUAUAUAUAUAGAUAUAGAUGUAAAAGGUUCAUGGUUCAGAAAAUCAAAAACACUUUUAGGGUUUUCCUCCGAUCUCGCUGUAUCGCUUUGAUUCACACUUGGCUUCGGGUUUUGAUUUCGCGUCAAAUCAGGUUUCGAUUUGUUUCAUCCGAGCGUUGUUUGAAUAUGAAUCCAACCACAGAAGUUAGCAUGGAUAAAGAAUUGGAAUUGGCCAGGCAGAAGAUUGAUCUUGUUAUGGCAAGAGAUGCUAUUGCUUCCCAAACAAGAUGGAUUGAAGAAGGUGACGACACCAACACUGAGAAUGAGACUUGUCCAGCCUGCUACACACACGUUUCGCGUCCUCACAAACUUGAGGUGAGGAGCGGUUGCUUCCACCGCAUAUGCUUUACGUGCAUAAGGGACUGUGUCUCAUCCCAACUAGCACGAGGGGACACCGUACUCUGCCCUUACCCGGGCUGCGAGAAUGAACUUGUGCUAGAGGAUUGUAGAGGUGUUGUUGAUGAUGAUGCUCUUAAUCUUAUCAUCCACCGCAAGAAGGAGAAGGCCAUCCCCGUUUUAGACAGAGUCUACUGUCCCAAGCCUUCUUGUAACUUUUUGAUGGCCGACCGCGACCUCCUCGCCAUUGAUCCUCGGCAAAAGAAGUCAGUAGAACGCACGUGCGUGGAGUGCGGCUUGUGUUUCUGCAAAAAAUACCAUGUUCCAUGGCACUACAAGAAGACGUGCGAUGAGUUCAAGAAGUCCCAGGCUUACCUGACUUCUGAUGCCGCGCUUUUCGAGUCUUUAGUGAAGACACAGGGAUGGAUCAAGUGUCCCCAGUGUGCCACCGUCGUUCAAAAAAAUGGCGGGUGCCAACGCAUUAGCUGCAGACAUUGCAACCACAAGUUCUGUUACGCAUGUGGGGCUGCGUGUACAAGGAAGAAAAUGUCAUGCAACUGCAGCCCACAAGACUAGGCUUCUAACGUGCUGAAGGGCCUGAUAUGCCAAUCUUCUCUUCAAAUAAAAAGACUAUAUAAGACCAUUCCAAAUAGUUUCCUAUUAACGAUAUGCUAGUGAGCUUCUGUAUUCCCGAACAAGUUUGUGAUGCAUAUUCGACACUUGCUUUCCCUCUUCAAAUGAAAUCUAAUACGAAAACGACCAUUGUUGAGUUUUA